AAAACUGUUUGAGGUUCAUUAUUGAAAACGGACAUGUGACAUUCUUAUGAUAGGAACAUCUUAAAAAAAAUUAUAGUGAAAUUUGUGCACCCCAUAAAAAUUUUAUGGGAGUUUUGUUCCCUUUAACCCCCCCAAACUUUUGUGUACGUUCCAAUUAUAUUAUCAUUGUGGCACAAUUAGUUAAACACAAUGUUUUUAAAACUUUUUUGCCUCUUAGUACUUUUUCUAAACGUUAGUUUUUUUUUGAGAUAUUUUGAAUAUUUUGUCAAAUCCACCACAUAUUAUUUGUGUUAUAGAGACCUAGUAAUAAUAAAUAUGAAAAUUUAUUUAUAAAUUACAGUUUGAGGUAUAUUUUGAACCAUAUUAAAAAAGAAGCCACAUCUCAAUAAAAGGUGCCUUAUCUGAAAAAUACUAGGAGGCAAAAAAGUUUUAAAACAAUGUGUUUAACUAAUGGUACAUCAAUAAUGGUUUAAUUAAAACGUACACAAACAUUUGGGGGGUUUAAAGGCACAAACCCGCCAUAAAAUUUUUAUGUAAACAUAUUAAAAAAGAAACCGCAUCUCGAUUAAAACUGGUUUAUCCAGAAAAUAUUAAGAGACAAAAAAAUGUUAAAAACAUUGUAUUUACCUAAUGGUACCACAAUAAUAAUUUAAUUGGAACGUACAUAAAAGUUUGGGGGGGUUUAAGGGAACAAAACCCCCAUAAAUUUUUUAUUAGCUGUACAAAUUUCACCAUAAUUUAUUUUUAGGAUGUUCCUGCAAUAAGAAUGUCCCACAUGUCCAUUUUCAUUAAAAAAUCUGUAAUAGUUUUCGAUAUAUCGGAAAAAAUCAAUUUUAAUUUUGUAACUUCAAAUGGCUGUAACUUUCUUUGUGUGAAUAUUUGUACUAAGGUAACUUAGGUUCAAUAGAACUAUUUUUGGUCCCAGAAUAUGUCAUUUAAUUUAUGACCUGUAUUUUUGUUGCACCCUGUAUAAGCCGGCAUAUUAGUUGAAGGGCAAUUGGAAAAUGAAUCACAGGGAAAACACUUAAAAUAUGGAUUAAUAAUAUUCCCCAUCGAAGACAAACAAGCAAUUUGUUUACAUAAACAUAGAAGGGAACAAGGGCGGAUCCAGGGAGGGGGCCAUGGGGGCCAUGGCCCCCUCCGAGAAUUUAGAAUAAUAUAAAUUUAAAUAUUUGCAGUUCAAAUGUUUUUAAUUUCAAACACAUAUAUAUGUACAAAACAGGGGAUAAAUACGUUUUCUGGACUAGAAUUGAAAAAAAAGAAGUAACGGAGAAGCUUCAAGAAUGAUUUUUGGGUUUUUUAUAAAUCAAAAUGUUGAUAAUUUUACAGAGUGCCAAUUGUUAGACCGAUCUUGACAGUCAUCAAAAUCGUAUAAAUUUCCAUAUUCUAUACACACAAAGAAUAAAAAAGAAGUGAAGCGUUACUUGGGUCACUAGCACUUAGAACAAAGGAGUUGGUUGGUAUUUUCGCACAGUCAAAAGGACUUGUUUUACAAAUAUUGCGUUUCAUUUUUCUAAUGAAAAAUAUGGUCACAAUAACGGGAUGAUAGCCCAAAGCCUUGUCACGAAACCUUUAACAUCUUUCGCCAGAUUCAUGAGCAAAGACGGAGUCAUAUAAACCCAUGAAAAAACGUCAUACCACAAGGAGUGCGUUCAGGUUGAGCUGGAUUUUCUAAAGAGUUAUAGCAACCCUCAAAAGUCAGUCAUUAACCAGAUAGACUCUCAGAGGUCUAAACAGAAACAAAAAAUAAAGAAAGACUACGACCAAUAGUAGGGUCUAUAGUGUUCUUAAAUCGACAAAAUAUUCCUCUAAGAGACCAUCGUGAUGAUGGCCUUAUGCUUCUGGACGAAGAUGCUGGACCUAGGAAUGAGGGGAAUUGCUGUGGUACUACGGCAAAACCCGAUAUGUCAAAAAUUAUCGAUUUUUCGUUUUUAAUUCCAAUAUGUACAUUGAGCGAUGAAGAAUGUGAUGACAAAACCCUACACGGAUAAACGCAUCCAUGUAACCAGUAGAUAAUAAAAUUGUUUCCGAUAUGUCCACUAUUACAACAACACCGCGAACUUUUAAACUCAUCUGCUGCAAAAUCACGUUUUUUUGACAUAUCGGGUUUUGCCUUAAGCACCACAGUGUUAAGGUUUAAAAUCGCAUCAGGAGAUAAGACUCUUAAAUAACACCUAUCCAUAGCAUCUUCCUGAACAACAUGCAUUAGUAGCAGCAGUCAAAAUCAAUUAAUAACAUGUGGUGAAGAAAUAAUUGAACAAAUAAGAUUUGACGAAACGACUGACGUGUCCCACGUGGAACAGCUUUCUCUAAAUUUGGGAUAUAUGCACAAUAACAACAUUCGUGAAGACUUUGUCAAAUUCAUUGACGCUUAUGAGAACCUAAAAAUAAUUAGUGAAAAUCAAGAAAGAGGGAAAGAACAAGGCCUGGCAGGAGAAGCAUUGGAAAAAUAGUAUUAAACUUGUUGAAAGAACUGCACUUGCAUCCGAAGAAAUGUGUAGGAAUCGGUACUAUGGCAGGAAUGGUGAGUUUUAAGGCACUUCUCAAAGUGACUUAAAACUCACCAUUGUAACCCUAAUUUUUAAAAAUUACCCCCGUACUUCUGGUACUCCUCCCCAAAAAAAGUUUAUGGCCCCUCCCGAAAAUCGGUCCUGGAUCCGCCCUUGGAAGGGAACGACCACAUAAGCCGAAUGACAGCAAAAGGAUUAGUAAGGACGGCGAGAGACGGUUCCCCAAUAGGAAGACGAUCAGUGGGAAGACCACGAAAAAGAUGGAAUGACAACUUACUGGAGGCACAUUGAAAAACAGAAAGAGUAAUGUCUAUAUAAAAAGAAAAAGAAGAAGAAGAAGAAGAAGAAGAAGAAGAAGAAGAAGAAGAAGAAGAAGAAGAAGAAGAGGAGGAAACAUAGAAGAAGAUGACUUUGGUAAGUACAUAUUUUCUGGGUUUUAUUUCAAAAUUUUUUAUUCAAUUAAAUGAAUUUUUUGAUAUAAAUUAUAUCUUUUUCUAGUGAUUUCAAAUGUGAGGAAGCAAAUUUAAAGAUUCAAGAAUUGUAUUGCAACUACCAAUUAUAAUAGUACGAAAAGGUGUGAAUAUUUACCUCAAUACUUACCUAAUAAGUGGGUUUCAGACCCCUCAAGUGCCAAUUAUUACAACUUGUAAUUAAAAUAUGACCUAUUUAUUGGCAAAAUAUGGUUUAACCCUUUGUUUCCGGAAAACUUUUACAAUCAAAAAUUGAGGCACAAUCCAACCUUACAUGUCGCACACUCCCACCUGGUUCUGUGAGGAUCCUUACUAGUGCUACAAAAAGCACAUCGUCUAGAUGUCCCAUGUUGUGGCAUAUGCAAACAUUGGUCAAAGCGUUUCUCAAAAGGCACAAUUUUUUUAAAAUGUGUCCCUGUGACUGAAGGAGAAGCAACCCUCUUUUUUGAUGAUAUACUACCACUGGCGCCGAUUAAUCCUGAAGCUACAGAUAACUUAAAAAAUCUGAAGGAAUGCUCUCUAAUAAGGUGAAUAGACCACCCGACGACAUAUUGUUUAGCUCUCUGAAGGAAUACACUCUUUUUCCUGAAAUAAAAAAAUAAGUAGGUAGGUACAUGUCCAGUUUCCUAGUGGUUUCAGGGUGAAACCGGCAUUUUAUUUCAUCAAUAUACUUACUAUAAAUUGAAAACUUUUAGUAAUAAGAAGUGUUAAUCAUAGAUACAAAUGUUUCUAACAUAGUAAAUAAAAAAUAAAUUUACCUGCCAUAGCGAAAUAAUCCAAAAACCACCAAAAUUGCUUACAACACCGUCUUGCUUCAAAACACGUGUUACUAGUAACUAAUAACUGAAUAACGAGAACGUAAAUGGAGGUGCGCGAUUUGUUUUAUAGUAGGAGGAGUCUUAUACGUCAUUAUAACGGGACUGGUUUCAGGCUAACACCACUGAGAACCUAGCAAAAAAAUUAUUUGUAUGUGGUUUCACAGUGAAACCAGUAGAAGACAAAGGGAUAAAUACGGUUAGACAGGUAAAUUUAUUUUAAAACAAGUUAAAAUCGUGAGAAAAAUGGCAAAAAUCAAAAAUAAGUUUAAUUAUCCAAGUAACCUAUUCGAAACCAAUGAGUUCAUCUACAAGCUAGCAGGUGUAUGGAUUCCGGACAACAGUUACAGUAUCUUCAUCAGAAUCAUAUACUUCUUUUACGUUACAGUAUUUUAUGGAACUGGAGUGUACUUUCUUAUAUGCGAGUAUAUGAUUCUAAACGAAACCGUCAAAAAUAUCAACACCUUUGUGGGUCAUAUUGGUAUGCUCUUGACACACACAGUUGGAAUACUGAAAUUUUAUAUCCUAGUUUUUGGUCGCAAGAAAAUUCAAAAUAUAAUGGACAUGCUGAAAGAUGAUGAAUAUUAUUACGACGCUGUAGAUAAUUUUUGUCCAGCUCAAUUUUUAAAUAAUGGAAAAAAAUUGAGUACUAAAUUGUCGGUUUUGCUGUUCAUGAUGUAUAGUUUUUCUGGAAUUCUUUCGCAUACUUCGUCUUUGAUGGUUAUUAACACUGAAAUCAAAGGAGACAACUUUUUAGAAACGAACAAAACAUGUCAAGAUUUUAUGCCAUUCUUUUUUAAAAUUCCCUUUAAUACGGAUGAGAAAUGGGAAUGUGAGCUAGCUUUCUGGUUUAUGGACAUAAGUUUUGGAAUUUUUGCUUGGUUAAUAGCCUGUCAUGAUGGGUUAUAUGUUACCUUACUGAUCUUUUUACGCUGUCAGCUUGUCAUUCUGGGGCAAGUUUUUCGCUCAAUUCGACGAAGAAGUUUACUUGCUCUGAAUUUGCCAAAAAAUUUUAGUGUGAUUUAUGAUAGAGACCAUCCAGAGAUUGAAGCCGAAAUGUACAAACAACUCACUCACUACACAGCUCAUUUAAAAGUGUUAUUAAAAGCUAGAGAUAAAAUUGAAGAUAUGUUUUCGUUUGUCACAUUAUGUCAGACACUUGCCUGUUUGUUUAUAUAUUCUUCUGCACUUUAUAAUAUAUCAAUGACACCAAUUGGUUCUACAGAGUUUUUUGUCCAACUUGAAUAUUUUAUUUGUAUUUUACUUGAACUGUCUGCGAUAUGUUGGUUUGGAAAUGAAAUCACUAUUGCGAGUGAACUAAUAAGGUUAUCUUUAUAUGAAAGCGAUUGGUUAAGUACUAGCACACGUUUCAAAAAGUCUUUGAUACUAACUAUGACAAGAAUGCAGCGACCAAUUUAUUUGACCAUUGGAAAAUUUUCUCGCCUUACGUUGGCUACUCUUGUUGCGGUUUUUAGAGGAUCACUUUCCUACUUCGCCUUAUUUCAGAGUAUACAAUAGGUACUAUUAUAAUAGCACAUGAUAAUAAUGAUAGUAGUCAAGAUAUCUAGUCGUCUAGUUAGGAAUUGUAGGUAAAAUAACGUAUAGUAAAUGAGCAAUUAAAUUGAAUUCAAACUUGA